AUGGACAAUCAGGAAGCUACCAAUGCCACGAUCCUUCUUAUGGGCCUCAGGAGAGGAGGCAAGUCGUCAAUUUGCAAGGUUGUGUUUCAUAACAUGCAGCCGCUAGACACGCUUUAUUUGGAGUCGACUUCUAAGCCAACACUGGAACAGUUUCUGUCGCUUAUAGACCUUUCUGUGAUGGAGUUACCGGGACAACUUAAUUACUUUGAGCCUACGUACGACUCUGAACGUUUGUUUUCGCUGGUGGGUGCUUUGGUGUAUGUCAUUGAUUCUCAAGAUGAGUAUCUUAAUGCCUUGACGAAUCUUUCCAUGAUCAUCGAAUACGCUUAUAAAGUGAACCCAAAAAUUCAUAUUGAAGUACUCAUCCAUAAAAUAGACGGUUUGUCGGAGGACUACAGAAUCGAUGCACAGAGAGACAUUAUGCAGCGAACAGGAGACGAGUUGCUUGACUUGGGACUCGAGGGCGUCCAAGUGUCGUUCUACCUUACAUCUAUCUUUGACCAUUCUAUUUACGAAGCUUUUUCGAGAAUUGUACAGAAGCUCAUUCCUGAGUUACCGUCGCUAGAAAAUAUGCUUGACAACUUGGUGGUGCAUUCUUCAAUCGAUAAGGUAUUCCUUUUCGACGUGAACUCCAAGAUCUACGUUGCAACGGAUUCCUCUCCAGUCGACAUUCAGACAUACGAAGUCUGUGCAGAGUUUAUCGACAUAACCAUUGACUUGGACGACUUGUACGUGGACAACGAAAGGAAAACGGCCAAAGACAAUGGGGUGAAGUCAAUUAGUUACUUGCUGAAUGGACUGGUGUUAUACCUCAAGCAAAUGAUCCGUGGAUUGGCUCUCGUUGCGCUUAUUAGAAACGACGAUGCUCCCGAGGAGCAACAAGACAUGGAUGAAGUGCUCACUAUCAUUGACUACAACGUCAACUGUUUCAAGCAAGCGCUAGCAAAGAUGUGGGAGGCAGCCAAGCUUGCACCUCCUUCGUUGGAGUAA